GAAGACUGGCACACAACCAUCUACAGUGUGUGUACUGAGCUUACACAGGAACCAGCUGCCAUGGUAUCCCAGCAUGCAUUUCACCCCAGCAGCUGAAGAAGGGUGCAGGUCGUUAGACGGAUAAAAAGUUCACUGUGACGUGAACCUGGAAACAACAGGUCGGCUUCAUGUCCGUCUCUCAGAUCACCCCCACCCUCUUCCUCGGCAGCGCCGACGCCCCCCUCAACGCAGCGCUGAUAUCACAGAAAAGCAUCACCCUGAUUGUCAACGCCACACUGAGCCACACCUGCCCCGCCUACCCGGGGGUGGAGUGUGUCCGGGUUCCUGUCUCUGACUUACCCAGCGCUCGCCUCGGUGACCACUUUGACCGGGUGGCAGACCGUAUCCAUGGCAACCGAGCUGGCGGAACCCUGGUGCACUGUGCUGCCGGUAUGAGCCGUUCUCCAGCGCUGGUGAUGGCGUACCUGAUGCGGCACAGGGGAGUGACGCUUUGCCAGGCACAUCGCUGGGUGCAGGAGAGUCGGCCCUGGGUCAGGUUGAAUGCCGGAUUCUGGGACCAGCUCCUGCAUUACGAGAAGCGUCUCUACGGUAAAAACACCGUCAAAGUCGCAACAGUGGAUGAGAUGUCACUUCCACCUCCCCCCCUGACGGCGAGGACACAGAGGAUGACGAGGUCAACGCCACCGCAGCAGCAGAGGAACUGGUUAAUGCAGGUACCCAGGUCACCUGUGAUGUCACGAGGUCCGACACCAGGAAACAAGUCAAGAAGAGGAACUAAGUUAAGCAACGUAAAAGUCUGAGCUGUGAGCGCCAUGGUAUCUGAAACAUCUUAGAAACAACUACCCACAAUGCAUCUCCUCCACUGACGGGCUGGCGGAAGCUUCGAGUGGGUCGAUGACUUGUACUGUGUUCGGGUUCCGUGUUCAUGAGAAGAGUUCAUUGAACGCCGCCCUCUGGUGGUGCAAACAGCCUGACGUGAGAAAUGUUUGAGAGUAACGUUUCAUUGGAUGAUAAAUUUAUGGUCAUUUUAACUUGACUGAUUUAAAUGUUUAUUUAUUAGUCUUAUAUUUUCUCUGUCAUCGCGCCUUUAUUUCCUACAUUACCAUACCUGACUGCUAGCAUGCUAACUCAUGCUGAAAGUAACGUAACUAUUACAGCCAUGUUGCUGUUGCCUAGCAUCGGCGGGGCCACAGUGAACGGAAAGUCUUUUGGUUUGUUGUAAAUGUCAAUUCUCACAUUUAGUCUGGGGCCAUCUUGUUCUUUUCAAACCAGAAGUAACCAUAUUAGGAGGAGGGGGGUGGAGCCUGACUGAGCUCGAGGACACGCCCACCUGCCACCAGCACAUUGGACGGGACUAGCUGUCAAUCACACUGUGGUAUCCCCCCCAACACAUCCGGUGCUUUAUGGUCUGUUUGACUCUAAAUGAUCAUAAUUCACUAAAUGAACAUCAGCUGUUUGAAGAAGACUUGAAACUAGAGAC